CUAUCACUGCCGUUGCCGCUACUAAUUCAUUCCUUUACAACAUUGUUUUUUUUCUGGUUUUAUCAAAUAUUGAAUCUACAAUUUAGAAACUCCAUCAACAUAAUGUCUUCCCUUAGUGCGAAAAUUGGCCCAUCGAUCCUGAACGCGGACCUAUCGCAACUGCACGAGGAAUCACAGCGGUUGCUCGAUAAUGGAGCCGACUAUCUGCACCUGGACGUGAUGGAUGGCACGUUCGUCCCGAAUCUCACCUUCGGUCACCCGGUCGUGAAGUGCCUUCGGAACAAGAUUAAGGAUGCCUUCUUCGAAACGCACAUGAUGGUGCAGGCUCCGCAGCAGUGGAUCGAACCGAUGGCCGAUGCCGGCGUGAAUCAGUACACGUUCCAUAUCGAGCCGGUGAUGGACAGUGUGGUGGACAUUUGCCGCAAGGUACAGGAAGCCGGAAUGAAAGUGGGGCUUGCACUCAAACCGGGCACCGAGGUCGAGACGGUGAAGGAGUUUAUUCCGCUCGCUGAUAUGGUUCUCAUAAUGACGGUGGAACCCGGCUUCGGGGGACAAAAGUUUAUGAACGAUAUGAUGCCGAAGGUGCAAUGGUUGCGGGAGAAUUAUCCAAACUUGGACAUCGAGGUCGACGGUGGAGUUGGGCCGAGCACAAUUGAUGCCUGUGCGAAGGCCGGAGCGAAUAUGAUCGUGGCAGGAACGGCAAUUAUCCGGGCCGACGAUCAGGCAGCGGUUAUCCGAGAGUUGAAACAUUCCGUUGAGUGUGCAAUCAAGCAUUGAUGUUGGGGAGAUGAGAGGAGCGAUUGUUAAAUCUAUGUUCAAAAUUUUCCACUAUAAAUAAACGAACAACAGUACGCAUAUGUACACUUACAUGAA